AUGCAACUGCUGAUCCUUGUCUUGCUACCGCAUGCUAUCGUGACGGCCGACUCUGCUAAUGUCUCAUCCACGGGGCAGGCUCCUCUGAAGAAACCCUCUCAUUCUGUCGGGUUAAUAGAGGGGCAGAAGUUUGAGGCCAACUGCAGCCUGAGCGGCAUCACGGCCCCACCCGAGGGGCUGCUGAUCGCGUGGAACUGGAAGGUGGGGAACGAGUACCCAGUGAGGCUCGCCAACCACUUCUCAGACAACACCCAAGAAACUGUCACAUACAGCGCGAGUCAGUUCAGAGGAAGGCUCUGGGUGCACAUAGAGAACUCGAGCAGCUGUGUCCUAACAAUCAACCCGGUCAGCAUCAGCGACUCCGGGGAGUAUCAGUGCCUUAUCAAUGGGAACCAGGAGCUCCUGCUGGACGUUCACGUUGACAGGCCUUUCAGGAACAUCGAAAUUAGUUACGAACCUAAAAAUGUCACAGAAGGGGAGGAAGUGACGGUGACCUGCACGGCCGACGGCGGCUUCCCACAACCUGAUGUGCAAUGGGUAUCCGAGGGGCAGAAAGUGACAAGAGAGGCCAAGACCACGGUGAACCGAUCCCGUGAUGGCAGCUUCAACGUGCGCAGUGUCCUGCGUAAAGACGCCAAGGUGGGGGUCCGGUAUUCCUGCAGCAUCUGGGACAGGUUCACUGAGAAACUCUUGUUGGAGUUUGUAGAACCCAUCCCGGGCCCAAAAGUCAAGACGCCGCUGAAGGAAGUGACAGGCAUUCUUGGCAAGAACGUGGUGCUGAAAUGCAGGCUCUCUCUCCCCCACAAUAACUCGGACAUCAUGAAAGAGCUGUCGAUCAUCUGGCUGGUUCACGACACGACGGGCACGGAGAAGAUCAUCCAUGAAGUGAUCCAAGGAGACAAAACACUGUCUUCUGCCAAGUAUUUUCAACGCACCAAAAACUUCUGGAAUACCUUUGUGUCCCAAGGCAUUGCUGACUUGGAGAUACAGGCGGUCACAAUCGAGGAUAUGGGGAACUACAUUUGCAGGAUUAAGAAGGGGACUGAGUUGAUAGGGGAGAAUUUUGUGGAGCUAAAGGUCACCUCGCCCUACUCCAAACCAGUCAUUACCUAUGUCAGGCGUGAUAUUCACCAACACCAAGUGCUGCAUCUCUUGUGCCUGACCCAGGGCGGAUUCCCAAUAGGGGAUAUCCAGUGGCUGGGGCCUGGGCAGAAAGAUCUGACCGAUCAGUCUGAGAGCCACAUCAAAGAAACGUCAGACGGGAUGUACAAAAUGAUGAGCGAUCUGAAAAUCGUUGUGGAAGUGGAUGACACGUACACCUUUCCCUCCAGCAACCUGGUUUAA